UCCUACCAGUACCAGAUUGAUAGUUGACCUCGCAGAGACAGUCAACAAUCGGGUUUUUCCACAUUGAAAAUCGACCGUUUCUUUUUUUUUUGAAAAAAAUCAGGGCUUCUGAUUUUUGGAAAUUUCACUGAUAGUCUUAGUGAGAAGCUUAAUGUGGUGAUAUUUUAGUGAUUGUUUUAAAGCUCAAAUUACAGGAUAUAUAAAGACUUGCAAUCUUUGACAAUGUGAUGAUCACUGCUAAAAACUAUUCAGGCUAUGACCUUAGUAGCAUCCCACCCCACGGUAUCCAUCAAUCAUCCAACCUGCGUUGAUGAUAACGAAUCAGAAUGUUCAUCAGACAAUGAAAAUUACGUCAUUCAACCCCAAGAACCACCCUAUAGUUUUGCCAAUGCUUUGGUGCAAGCUUUGGGACAUCCGGACGGAGAUGCCAUACCACAAAUUGGGAAGAUUCAAGUUGAAAACUCCAGCGAUGUGCAUUUCGGAGAUAAAAACUUUUAUCAGGGACCGGUGACGAUUAGGCAAAUCGUCUAUUCAAAUGGUGAUACUAAUUUGAAAGCUGAUAAAAAUGAUAAGACUGAAGUUAAUUUAGGUUAUGACAUAAGUGAUGGAGACAAUUUUGAGGCUAGUGAAAGGAAGGACAAUAUUAAUAAUAGUGGUGCAGGAUCAGUACCAGAUAGAAAAUGUGAUGCUUCUAGUUUUAGAAAAGGAAUUUCUUGGCUUAAAGAUUCCAAAUACCGCUCAAUACAAAUAGGAGCUGCUUUGGGAUUGGCUACAGUUUUACUUAUCGUUUUGGCUAUAGUGCUACUCCUACAUACCCACCCAGGUAAUUUCCAGAAAAAAAAUAAUAAUGAGCCAGACGUUAUAAGGCCUAUUGGAUACGACCCAGAUAUAACAGAUGUCAGCCAAAUCAAAAACCGACUGCGCAUGAUCUCAAGAGCUGAAUGGCUCGCCCAGCCACCAACCAAUGAUACUACGCCACUGGUAACACCAGUGCAGUACGUCAUUAUCCAUCAUACUGCAACUGAAAAUUGUUCUUCACAAUCUCAGUGCGUCUUUUAUGUCAGACAAAUUCAAACCUACCACAUCGAAAGCAGAGGUUGGUACGAUAUCGGUUACAAUUUCCUGGUAGGAGGCGACGGAGCUGCCUACGAAGGUAGAGGUUGGAUAGUUGAAGGUGCACAUACAUUAGGAUGGAACUCUAAAAGUAUCGGCAUAGCCUUCGUGGGUACUUUCCUCAGCAAGGUUCCUCCCGAUAUUCAAAUCCUGACUUGUAAGAGAGUGAUCGAAAGAGGAGUGGAGCUGGGAUAUAUUCGGAAAGACUAUAAACUAUUGGGCGCCAGGCAAUUGUUCGCUACUGAAAGUCCUGGGAUUGCUUUGCUAGAAAACUUGAAAACUUGGGAUCAUUGGGUUAAAGAACCUUAAAAUGAAAUUGACGAUUUUUAUAUUUUUUGCUACUCCCUCUGUAUAAUAAGAUAAGCAUUCUAGAUAGAUUUCUAUACAUCAAAUUUGCCAGACAGAGAAGAGAUUGGGUCAGUUUUAAUACUUGGAAACACUGGCCUAAUCUCUUCUUCAGACUCGAUAGUGACAGUUCGGCAUAUACCUACUACAAAGCUUCCUUUUUAGUUGACUAAACUGUUGAUACAAAUAUUUUCAGUUAUUUCAUAAUUAAGUUGUAAAGAGAAGUUAGUGAACACGAAAUACAAAAUGUUCUUCUCUCCUGAAUA